AUGCCCCGUGUCUUCCUGGUCAGGAGUCGGCGUCCACAGCCACCCAACUGGGGCCACCUGCCUGACCAGCUCCGGGGAGAUGCUUAUGUCCCAGGUGGGUUCCUCACUGCACCUCGGGGUGAGGGCCUGGGGGCACGCAAAAUCAUGGUCUGGCUUCUCUCCUCAGACUGCAGCAGCCUAGGAGGAGCAGCAGUACACCAUUCUUCCAGCCGUGAGGGCUCCUGGGCAGUGCCCCCACAGGGCACUGGAACUAUGGCUCCCAGGAGCCCCAGGGCACUUGGCUGUCCACUCUGCCCCAAAGCUUUCCCACUGCAGCGCAUGCUGACACGGCACCUCAAGUGUCACAGCCCAGCACGCCGCCACGUGUGCCACUGCUGUGGCAAGGGCUUCCAUGACGCCUUUGAUCUCAAGCGCCACAUGAGGACACACACAGGGAUCCGGCCAUUCCGCUGUGGAUCGUGUGGCAAAGCAUUUACCCAGCGCUGCUCGCUGGAAGCACAUCUUGCCAAGGUGCACGGGCAGCCAGCCAGCUAUGCUUAUCGCGAGCGCCGUGAGAAGCUACACGUAUGUGAGGACUGCGGCUUCACCAGCUCUCGACCUGAUACCUAUGCGCAGCAUCGCAGCCUGCACCUCACAGCCUGA